GGCCGCCGCGUCCUCGCUGCCCCGGGCCGGGCGGGCGGGCGCCGAGAGCCUCCCAGCCCGCCCCGUGCCCCGCCCGCCCGGCUGCUUCCGCGGCGGCGCUGCCCGCACAUGGGCUAGGCUGCCAGGAUGUUCAGCUUCGAAGGCGACUUCAAGACGCGGCCCAAGGUGUCCCUUGGCGGCGCGAGCAGGAAGGAGGAAAAGGCUUCUCUUUUACAUCGUACUCAGGAAGAAAGAAGAAAGAGAGAGGAAGAAAGGCGAAGGUUGAAAAAUGCAAUAAUUAUCCAGUCAUUUAUUCGAGGCUAUAGAGACAGAAAACAGCAAUAUUCCAUCCAAAGAAGUGCAUUUGAUCGCUGUGCUACCUUGUCACAGUCCGGGGGCGCUUUUCCCAUUGCUAAUGGCCCCAACCUUACCCUUUUGGUAAGGCAGCUUCUGUUUUUUUACAAACAAAAUGAAGACUCAAAACGUUUGAUAUGGCUGUAUCAGAACUUAAUUAAACACAGCUCUCUGUUUGUCAAGCAGUUGGAUGGAUCUGAGAGACUUACAUGCUUAUUUCAGAUAAAAAGAUUGAUGAGCCUCUGUUGCAGGUUGCUGCAAAACUGUAAUGAUGACAGUUUGAAUGUUGCACUUCCAAUGAGAAUGCUUGAAGUAUUUUCGUCUGAGAGUACUUACUUGCCUGUUUUACAAGAUGCUAGCUAUGUGGUGUCAGUGAUUGAACAAAUUUUGCACUACAUGAUUCACAAUGGGUAUUAUAGGUCUCUCUAUUUGUUGAUUAACAGCAAGCUUCCAUCAAGUAUUGAAUAUUCUGAUUUAUCUCGAGUUCCUAUAGCAAAAAUUUUGCUAGAGAAUGUUCUAAAACCAUUGCACUUUACUUACAACUCCUGUCCAGAAGGUGCGAGGCAACAAGUUUUUACAGCCUUCACAGAGGAGUUUCUGGCAGCACCUUUUACAGAUCAGAUUUUUCAUUUCAUCAUUCCGGCGCUUGCAGAUGCGCAGACCGUUUUCCCUUACGAGCCCUUUCUGAAUGCACUGUUGUUAAUAGAGAGUAGAUGUUCAAGAAAGAGUGGUGGAGCACCCUGGCUUUUCUAUUUCGUUUUAACUGUUGGCGAAAAUUAUUUGGGGGCCCUCUCUGAGGAAGGGCUGCUGGUGUAUUUGCGGGUGCUGCAGACCUUCCUCUCUCAGUUACCAGUCUCUCCUGCCAGCGCGAGCUGUCACGACUCAGCCAGUGACUCUGAGGAGGAGAGUGAAGAAGCCGACAAGCCCUCAAGCCCGGAGGAUGGCAGACUGUCAGUAUCAUACGUAACAGAGGAGUGCCUGAAGAAGCUGGACACAAAGCAGCAGACCAACACCCUGCUCAACCUGGUGUGGAGGGACUCUGCGAGCGAGGAGGUCUUCACCACCAUGGCCUCCGUCUGCCACACGCUGAUGGUGCAGCACCGCAUGAUGGUACCCAAAGUCAGGCUUCUCUACAGUUUAGCCUUUAAUGCCAGGUUUCUGAGACAUCUUUGGUUUCUAAUAUCUUCCAUGUCAACACGGAUGAUCACAGGGUCUAUGGUACCGUUGCUUCAGGUGAUAUCCAGGGGUUCUCCUAUGUCUUUUGAAGAUUCUAGUCGAAUCAUCCCACUCUUUUACCUUUUUAGCUCCUUGUUUAGUCAUUCACUAAUUUCCAUACAUGAUAAUGAAUUCUUCGGUGAUCCCAUAGAAGUUGUAGGUCAAAGACAAUCAUCAAUGAUGCCUUUUACUUUAGAAGAGCUGAUAAUGUUGUCUCGAUGCCUUCGAGAUGCAUGCCUGGGGAUCAUCAAGUUGGCUUAUCCAGAAACCAAGCCAGAAGUUCGAGAAGAAUAUAUUACAGCAUUUCAGAGUAUUGGAGUUACUACUAGCUCUGAAAUGCAACAAUGCAUACAGAUGGAACAGAAAAGAUGGAUUCAGUUAUUUAAGGUUAUCACCAAUCUAGUGAAAAUGUUGAAGUCCAGAGACACGAGGAGAAAUUUUUGUCCUCCAAACCACUGGCUGUCAGAACAAGAAGAUAUUAAAGCAGAUAAGGUCACUCAGCUCUACGUGCCAGCAUCCAGACAUGUGUGGAGGUUCCGGCGGAUGGGGAGGAUAGGCCCGCUGCAGUCCACCCUGGACGUGGGUUUGGAGUCCCCGCCGCUGUCUGUGUCUGAGGAAAGACAGCUUGCUGUCCUGACAGAGUUGCCUUUUGUGGUUCCAUUUGAGGAACGAGUAAAGAUCUUUCAGAGGUUGAUUUAUGCAGAUAAGCAAGAAGUUCAAGGAGAUGGUCCAUUUCUGGAUGGAAUUAAUGUCACAAUAAGAAGAAAUUACAUUUAUGAAGAUGCUUAUGACAAACUUUCUCCAGAAAAUGAGCCUGAUUUGAAAAAGCGGAUCCGUGUGCACUUGCUCAAUGCCCAUGGCCUGGAUGAAGCUGGCAUUGAUGGUGGUGGUAUUUUCAGAGAGUUUUUAAAUGAACUACUGAAGUCAGGAUUUAACCCCAACCAGGGGUUCUUUAAGACUACUAAUGAAGGGCUUCUGUACCCCAACCCGGCUGCUCAGAUGCUUGUGGGAGAUUCUUUUGCCAGACAUUACUACUUCCUAGGCAGAAUGCUUGGAAAGGCUGGAGUGCUGUGGCGCCAUCUCUGCUCACUGCAAACUCCACCUCUCAGGUUCAAGGGAUUGUCCUGCAUCAGCCUCCUGAACAACAGGUGUGCACCACCACGCCCAGCUAAUUUUUCUAUUUUUAGAAGAGAUGGGGUUUUCCACCAUGUUGUCCAGAAUGGUCUUUAACUCCUGACCUCAAGUGGUCCACCUGCCUUGUCCUACCAAAGUGCUGGGAUUACAAGCGUGAGCCACUGCACCUGGCCUGUUAUUUGCAUUCUUAAAUAAAUUAGAAAUUAAUGUUGCUAUUGUGAUUAAUUUCUGUAAGAAUCAGAGCUAUAAUCAUUUUCAACUUUGUAAUAAAAUUUCUUUGUCUCAUUGGUGGUUCUGUUCUCCGAGAAGCAUAGUGCAUGGAGUCGCCUGUUUUGAGAAGCAGCUUAAUUGAAAAAUCAGUGCCUGCAAAACAGGUGGUGCUUUUAUGACUUCUUUUACAUAACAGUUUUAUUAAAAUAUAACUCACAUUAUGGAAAAUUGAACCUUUUAAAGUGUACAGUUCAGUGGUUUUUAAUAUAUUCACUGUGUUAUGUGACCAUCACCAAUAUCAAACUUGGAAGCAAUGUCAUCAUCCCAAAAAGGAAACGCUAGGUAGUCACUCCCUAUCCUGCCCUUCCUCCCCUAGCCCUGGCCAACCACUAGUCUACUUUCAGUCUGUAUGGAUUUUUUUUUUUUCUAGACAUUUCAUAUAAGUGGAAUCAUUUGUUAUAUCAACUAUAAAUUUGUGACCUUUUGUGAUUGGCUUCUUUGAUUUAGCAUGUUUUCAGGUUUUAUUCAUGUCCUAGUAUGUCAGAGCUUCACUCAUUUUAAGGGCCAAAUCUUAUUUCAUUGUAUGGAUAUACCACACUUUGGGGUUUGUUUUGUUCAUUUUGAAACAGGUCUUUCUCUGCCACCUAGGCUGGAGUGCACUGCUACAAACACGGCUCAGUCCUGCGCUUAAGCAGGCCUCCUGCUUUCAGCCUCCCGAGUAGCUGGGACCACCGUUGCUUGCUACCACACCUGCCUAAUUAUUUCAUUUUAUCGUAGAGGCAGGGUCUUGCCAUGUUGCCCAGGCUGGUCUUGAACUCCUGGCGUCAAGCAAUCCUCCUGCCUCAACCUCUCAAAAGGCUAGAAUUACAGGUGUGAGCCACCACACCCAGUCACCGCAUUUUGUUUACUUACUCAUCCCAGGCUGGAGUGCAGUGGUGCAUUUGCAUUGGGAAUUUGCAUUGUUUCCACCUUUUAGCUAUUGUGAAUAAUGUUACUGCAAACAUUUGUAUACAAGCUGUUAUUUGGACAUAGGUUUUUUGUUUUUCUUGGGCAUAUACCUAGACAUGGAAGUGUUAGGUCAUACAGUACUCCACGUCAAAGUGUCUGCAACCUUUUACAAUCCCGCCAACAAUUUGUGAAGGUUUCAGUGACUCCACAUCGUUGUCAGCACUUACUUAGUGUUGUCUUUUUCAUUACAGCCGUUCUAGUGGGUGGGAAUUGGUAUCUCAUUGUGGUUUUAAUUUCCCUGGUGACUAAUAAUGUUGACCAUCUUUUCAUGUGCUUCAUGACUUCUGUUGAGAAAUGUCUAUUCAAGUCCAUUGCGUAUUUUUUUAUUGGAUUGUCUUUUAUUAUUAAGUCCCUGCAAUGCAAUGAAUUAUGAAAUUUAUAUUCUCUGAGGAAGCUGAAACAUUGUCAGAUAAAUGAUUUGCAAGUAUUUUCUUCCUUCUCUGGAUUGUCUCUUCACUUUCAUGAUGAUUUCCUUUGAAGAACGAACAUUUUUAAUUUUGAAGUCUAACGUGUUUUUUUCUUUUAUUGCUUGUUUUUGAUGUCUUAUCCAUUCCCUGACCUAAAAUCACAAAGAUUUACACCUGUAUGUUCUUCUGACAGUGUUGUAGUUUUAGCUCUUACAUUUUGGUCUUUGAUCCUUUUUGAGUUAAUUUUUGUAGAUUGUAUGAGUUAGGCAUCCUCAUGUUCUUGGCACCCUUGUUGAAAAUUAGUUGACCGUACACGUAACACUCUGGGUCUGCCCUUAUGCAAUAUGGUCUUGAUUACUGUAGCUUUGCAGUAUGGGGUGUGUGUGUAUUUAUUAAUAGCAGAUGGGAGUAGAACCGCAGCCUUGUUAAGUAGGGAUAAUGGGAAGGAAUCAGUCUAUCCUGGAUAUAGAAUAAUUCCCCUUUAUUUGUGUCUCUUUGAAAUGCAUUGUUGUAGCCCCAGUUAUUUCUUUGUUCAGACUCCCAGUGAUUUUAAGUGCUCUUCAGGUUUGAGAAAGGGCUCCAACAUGACUUCACUACCGUAACGGUAUGUGUUAUAUCAUCAUCUUCAGGCUCACCAUAUUUCAGGUGGCAGAUUUCAGGUGUUGAUUUGAUGUUGAUUUGUGAGUUGGCUUUGGUGGCAGUUUUCAGAUAGCAUCUCUCUCUUUGUUGAUGGUCACACAGCCUACUUCUCAGUUUCAGCUUCCCCUGGAGGAUGUACAUUUCAUAAUUCAUUGUAUGAAAAUCUUUACAAUGGGCCAGGCAUGGUGGAUCACACCUGUAAUCCCAGCACUUUGGGAGGCCUAGGCAGGCGGAUCACCUGAGGUCGGGAGCUCGAGACCAGCCUGACCAACAUGGAGAAACCCCGUCUCUACUAAAAAUACAAAAUUAGCUGGGCAUGGUGGCGCAUGCCUUUAAUCCCAGCUACUCCAGAGGCUGAGGCAGGAUAAUUGCUUGAACCUGGAGGCGGAGGUUGUGGUGAGCCAAGGCCUUACCAUUGCACUCCAGCCUGGCAACAAGAGCAAAACUCUGUCUCAAAUUAAAGAAAAGAAAAGAAAAUCUUUACAAUGAAAUCCCUUAGUUCUUUCUGUUAAAGUGAGCCCAAGAACCUUCUAACUUAAUAUAUAUGUGAAAAUAAAGGUGAGUGUUUUGCUAGACUAACCUGAAAUACUCUAAACUUGGUGGUUUUUACACAGUACAGUCACAGAAGAUAGAGCAAUAAUUUUACCUGCAUGAAUUAAAUCUUAAGAUUAUAUAUUACUUUUUCUUCCUGAAUGUAUAAAUCAUCCAGUCUUGAUUAAUGUAGAAGCUAAUAGUUAUGUAAGUCUGGUGAGGAUAAACUCAUUUCUUCUCUGUUUAUUGACAUAUUGCUUAUAAUUGAAAUUAUUCUGAAGAUGAUGUCAUUGUACAGUUCUGUACUUUGGAAUAUGUAUAUAUUUACAGAAGAUCCAGGGAAGAGAAUUUGUGAUUUUAAACCUUUCUCCCACAAAUGAAGUUUAUGUAAGUUUUAUCUUAUUAAGGCUGUUUAAAAUAAUAAAGUUUAGACCAAUAACAAAACUAGAGUAAUUUGAGGAUGGUAGUUAACUUAGUUUCACAUAUUUAAGACUUCCCUUACAUUACUCUCUGUGUGGAAAUUCCUAAGGGGUUACUAACUUCCAAAACAUAUCUGAUGACCAUCUGAUUACAGAGUUAAACUUUGUGCUAAUGUGCUAAACAUUGCUCAGAUCUAAGUAAGUGUCAUAGUACAGCAGCAGCUGAUAGUGUGGCACCUGAACAUUACAUCUUCAAGAGAAGAAAACUGUAUAUUGAUUGAUUGUGAUAUUUAUUGGGUCAUAAUGUAUUUAAAUUUUCUUUAAUGCAUAUGUUAGUGAUUGUUUACUGUGAUAAAGUGCAAAGAGGUCUUCAAGAGUGAUCCUGCAGAGGAAGAAUUACCUCAUGUCACUGGUCACUUCUCAAUUAAAAGUUCCAUUAGCAAAUGA